CCCGUUCCUCUGCUGGCCGCUCCCGGUACUGCGGCCCAUGUCCCCCCGGUUCCCUCUGCUGGCCGCUCCCGGUACUGCGGCCCCUGCCGUCCAGCAGACAGCCGUCGGGUCCCGGUGUCGCGGUAUUCCGGGCGGCUGCAGCGGAGCAUCAGAAGCCCGGCGCCCUCAGGCGGAGCCCCGGUCAGCGUGUGCCCGCCCCGGCGCUCCUCGGCCCCCGCCUGAUGCCACGGUAGGCUGCCGCCGCGGUCCACUCGGCUCGGCCCGGCCCGGCCCGGCCCCGGCCGGGGCGUCUGGAGCCGGGCCGAGGCGCUGGCGUUCCGGUUGUCAUCGGAACUGGUUUUCCGUGCUGCGAAAACCGGAAGUUGCUGACGGAGUGUUUCCUCGAAGGUCGGAAUUCGUCCUCGUAAAAGUCGGACGGUCGGACGGUCGGAGCCCGCGGGCGGGACGUCGGAGCCCAGGAGGACCCGGAGCCCCGUCUGGCUUCCUCGGUGUUCCUGAAGAUGUCGACUGCAGAAACGGAGAUGACCUUUCAGGACUUCAAGCCCCACAUUUCCCCCGCCGACGCCAUGCCGGUGAACCUGGGCUUCUCCACGGAGCAGACCCUGUUCGUCAUCGGCCUGAUCCGGGAGUACGUCGCGUGCGGACGGCGACGGGCCGCGCGCUCGCUGAAGGAGCUGGGCUACCGGCUGAAGCUGGCAAGAAGUCCACGAAGCAGAUGUGGGAGAGCAUGGCGGAGAAAGUGGGCCAGCGCUUCCAGGAGAACUUCCUGCCGGAGCGCGUCCAGAGGAAGUGGUUCACGCUGGUGGAGGGGGGCUACAAGCGGGUGAAGGAUGGCGGCGGUCCGCAGGGCCGGGGCCCGGUGCGCUUCAAGUUCUACAGGAGAUGAACGAGCCCUGAUCGGCGGCGCCGACGAGCCGGCCGGUCCCGGUGGUGGGCUCGUCCCGGGGGCUGGAGGUGCUGGAGCUGCCGCCCAAGGCCUCUCCACCCACCGACUCUGUCCGGCCCGUCCAUCCUGUUCGGCACAGCGGUGGCUCCGCACCGCGCUCCACAUACGCCGCUCCGCCACGCUCCCCCGCGUCGGCCCCCCGUCUCCCGCCCGUACCGCCGCGCCCGUCCCCCGCGCCUCCGCCCAGCUCGGCAGCGCGGCGGCGGCGCCGCCCCCGCGCCGGCAGGAAGCGCCGCAGGGAGGCCGACCUGGUGGCGUUCCUCCGAGAGGCGGAGGCCGCCUGUCAGCUGGCGCCACGACGAGACGCUGGCCCAGAUGAAGGCCGCCCAGGACGGGCUUCGAGGCUCUGCUGACCCGGAUCAUCGACAAGAUGUGACGAGACGGACUGUACAGCUGUUCUCCCUCUGCCCAAUAAACUGUCUGCUCUGAGCCACGCCUCCCUCCCGUCCGUUCAACCAGACGCGAAAAAAAACCAGAUCAAAGGAGGGUUGUACGUAGAAUCCUCUUCUGAGCUUGUAUAAAGCUGUAGAGUCAUUUCCCGUUAAAAAGACUCAUGGAGUUUCCUCAACCGUUCAGCGUAUCUGAGCCUGAAUCCCUGAAUCUCCCCUGGUGGCCAUGUUGAGGCUGAAACGCUCGGUGCUGCACCGCUCCGCCCAUAAUGCACAGCUCCGCCCAUAAUGCACAGCUCCGCCCCAGCUCUGACAGUCUGCGUGGGGGGUAUCAGGUGUUGUGUAGCCCUGGUAGUAUCAGUCUACACUGCAGCAGCAGCUCUGCCCAGAGCCGGAAGCUGAAAGCUGCACGAGUCAAAACUUCCUCAAACACUGGAAAUGAGUCCCUGUCUCUUUAAGAAGCUCCUCAGCUUAGAGACACGCCCCCUCAGAGUGGGAGAGGGCGGGGCAGCCAGCUGUGCAGGAGGAGCUGUGCAUUAUGGGUGGAGCUGUGCCCAUGGCAGACUGACUGAAGCAGACUGACUGAAACAGGCUGAAGCAGGCUGACUGAAGCAGAGUGAAGCAGGAUGACUGAAGCAGGAUGACUGAAGCAGGACUGAAGCAGGCUGACUUAUGGUGCGUUCACACCGGACGCGUUGCCAGCGUCACGGGCGUCGCUUCUACAUUCAAAGUCUCUGGUGGACGAGCUUCAACAGAGCGUCGCUUUCCGAGCGUUUCGAGUGUUGGCGUUGCAGGCGUCAACGCCUGAAGUUGGGAAAAUUGAACUUUGGAAGCGUCAACGCGCGCGUCAUCCAAUCACAGACGCGCACUCUGAGCGCUGAUGCGG